UGUUUUCGGGGUCUCUUAUCUCUCCACUCCCAAAUAUCCUGUUUCUUCGGGUUGGGCGGCCAGGACCAAUAGAAAGCUCUUCCUGCCAUCGGCUGACUUCAUUUCCCAGACUUAGCACAAUCUCAUCCGCUCUAAACAACCUCAUCCAAACUACUUUCUGGUCAAGAGAGAAGCAAUAAUUAUUAUUAACAUUGAUUAGCGAUCGAUAAACGUGAUUGCAUUAUGGCCAGCACGAUUAAGGAAGCGCUAUCGGUGGUGAGCGAGGACCAGUCGUUGUUCGAGUGUGCCUACGGGACGCCACACCUGGCGAAGACGGACAUGACCGCCUCCUCCUCCGGCGACUAUGGACAGACUUCCAAGAUGAGCCCUCGCGUCCCGCAGCAGGACUGGCUGUCGCAACCCCCAGCCAGGGUCACCAUCAAGAUGGAAUGCAACCCUAACCAGGUGAACGGCUCCAGAAACUCGCCCGAUGAGUGCAGUGUGGUGAAAGGCGGGAAGAUGGUGGGCAGCCCGGAGGUGGGCAUGAGCUACGGCAGCUACCUGGAGGAGAAGCACCUGCCGCCCCCGAACAUGACCACGAGCGAGCGCAGAGUCAUCGUCCCAGCAGACCCCACGCUGUGGAGCACGGACCACGUGCGGCAGUGGCUGGAGUGGGCCGUGAAAGAGUACGGCCUUCCGGACGUCGACGUCCUGCUGUUCCAGAACAUCGACGGCAAGGAGCUGUGCAAGAUGACCAAGGACGACUUCCAGAGGCUCACGCCCAGCUACAACGCCGACAUCCUUCUCUCCCAUCUCCACUACCUCAGAGAGACUCCUCUUCCACAUUUGACUUCAGAUGAUGUUGAUAAAGCCUUACAAAACUCUCCGCGGUUAAUGCAUGCUAGAAACACAGGGGGUGCAGCUUUUAUUUUCCCCAAUACUUCCGUUUAUCCCGAAGCUACGCAAAGAAUUACAACUAGGCCAGAUUUACCUUAUGAGCCACCCAGGAGAUCAGCCUGGACCGGUCACGGCCACCCCGCCCCCCAGUCGAAAGCUGCUCAGCCAUCUCCUUCCGCAGUGCCCAAAACCGAAGACCAGCGGCCUCAGCUAGAUCCUUAUCAGAUCCUUGGACCAACGAGUAGCCGCCUUGCAAACCCAGGGAGCGGGCAGAUCCAGCUCUGGCAGUUCCUCCUGGAGCUCCUCUCCGACAGCUCCAACUCCAACUGCAUCACCUGGGAGGGCACCAACGGGGAGUUCAAGAUGACGGACCCCGACGAGGUGGCCCGGCGCUGGGGCGAGCGGAAGAGCAAGCCCAACAUGAACUACGACAAGCUCAGCCGCGCCCUGCGCUACUACUACGACAAGAACAUCAUGACCAAGGUGCACGGGAAGCGCUACGCCUACAAGUUCGACUUCCACGGCAUCGCCCAGGCCCUCCAGCCCCACCCCCCGGAGUCCUCUCUCUACAAGUACCCCUCGGACCUCCCGUACAUGGGCUCCUACCACGCCCACCCGCAGAAGAUGAACUUUGUGGCGCCCCACCCCCCGGCCCUCCCCGUGACCUCGUCCAGUUUCUUCGCGGCCCCGAACCCGUACUGGAAUUCCCCGACCGGAGGCAUCUACCCGAACACGAGGCUGCCAGCCAGCCACAUGCCCUCUCACCUGGGCACCUACUACUAGAGCCGAGAGGGGCCUUUCCCAGCAGCACGCAGUCACCGCCGGGACAUUGCCACACACUCUAUCGGAGACCAGGAAUCAAAAAAACAAAAAAAAAGUGCCUCAAGAGGAAUGAGAAAGCUGGGCGGGGGAUGGGGAAGGAAGCCAGGGACGAGACCCAAAGACUCUUAGCGGGAGGGAAGGACCAAAGUAUGACUACAGAGAGACAGCGGAUGCUGACCAUGGGACGUACACAGACCUGGGAUCUGUGGGCCCACCUUGUAAAAGACAUUGUAGGUAGAAGCCUGAGGUCAUAGGACAAAGUGCCAAAGAAAAAGUGGCCUGAAGAUGUGUAUACACUUCAGAGUCCAGGAUCCUGCUCAUGCAAACCAGGAUAGAACCAAAGCAAUCCAGAAAACACAGUCUGGACAUAACGUACUGUUCCUAAUGCCAUUUGAAGGAAAACUACCUGUAUUUAAAAACAGAAACAUAUCAAAAACAAAGCAGAAAAAGACAAAAGAGACCGUGCAGCGGACGUGGAUACGGAACUCAUCGGCGCCUGCUGCUCCGGGUGAAAUCAGAUUCAUUCCAUUUGACGGAGGGCGGCCAGCUCUCCCAAGCUGUGAAGACGACCCAGAGUCUCCAACUCCUUUACAGUAUUCCAGGGGCCAGGAGCCGGACGUGGGACUGAGCAAGUGCGUGGAGAGCGUGUGGAUGCAGAAGAGGGCUGGAGGAUGUGCGGGCGGGUGCGGAGGGGCCGAGCCGGAGGAGGCAGGGCUGGGCGGGAGCUCAGGCCGUGCAGCUGGACAGGGGACGGUGUUGGGACUGCGGAGAAGGCAUCACGGGGACUCACGGUUGAACGCGGUCAGUGCUGCACCAGAGCCAGUGUGAGAGGGAGGACGUGGCGGAACGGAGCGAGGGGCAGUGGUGGGAUUCAGACACGAAAACAUGCAUCUCUUUUUUUGUUUGUUUGUUUGUCCAAAGAAAAUUGUAACUGGAAUUGUCUGAUAUUUAAAAGAGUCAUUCGGGACGGCAUGGCUUCGUGGGGGCUCUGUUCCCCGGGGGGGUCCGGCGAGAGGCGCUCCGGGCCGCUGCGCUCCGACAUCGCCCGGCUCUGGGCCAGGCGGGCUCCGGGGUCCCUUCGAGUCGCGAACGCUGUGCGUUUGUCAGAAUGAAGUAUACAAGUCCAUGCGGUCCCCCCCCCCUUUUAUAUAAUAAUUAUAUAACUUAUGCAUUUAUACACUACGAGUUGAUCUCGGCCAGCCAAAGAUACAUGACAGAAGAGACAAUCAGUGGUAGAAUGUGGCCUUGAAAUCUCUGUAUGCUUAAUGUUUACAAUACGAAGUUACUAGUUCUUAGAGUGCAGAAUGUAUGUAAUAAAACAAGCUUGGCCUA